AUGAUUGUAGGCGUUGACUUCAGCGGGGCCAAGGCCGACAACGCCACCUGGGUGACCCAGGGCCGGCUGGAAGGACAGAGCCUGCGCAUCCACUCGUCCCGGUCGAUGCCACGGGCGGAAUUGGCGGACCUGCUGGCAUCACUGCCUACGGAGACAGUGGCGGCCCUGGACUUUCCGUAUUCGGUCCCCCAGCAGUUUGCCGAAUUCUGGGUGCCGAAGGCCACCGAAAUGCCAAUACUGUGGCAGGAAGCCGCAGGCAUGGAAUACCAGGAAUUCCUAGCCCUGCGCGACGAGUUCUGCUCGCAGCAUGGUGAGCCGCUGCGCCGCGGCGACCUGUACUUUCCCGAGUGCUACUCCUGCCUGCACAAGUUCAACCCCAACAUGGUUCCCAUGACCUUCCGGGGCAUGCAGAUGCUGGACCGGCUCUGGAGAGAGGGCUGCCGGGUGCCGCCGCUGGAUGAUUCGGGGCGAACCGGCCCGGUGCUGCUGGAAUCCAUGCCCGGCGCGGUGAUCAACUCGUUCGGCCUGCCGCACAAGGGCUACAAGAACGGUGUCCGGCGGCACGAACUGCGCCAGCAGAUCCUGGCCGGGCUGUCCACGCGCUCGGGGGUCGUGCUGGAGAACCUGGACGAGUUCAGGGAACAGCAUUUCAUCGACUGGCAUCCCGCGCCACGGCGGCAGUACAUCAUCUCGGUUUCGGGCAACGUCGAGAUCGAGUUGGGCGACGGCACGAAGCACACCUUCAACCCCGGCGACGCCCGGCUGGUGGAGGACCUGACCGGCAAGGGGCACAUCACCCGCGUGCCGGGGGACACCCCCAGCAUCAGCGCCGUGAUCCCGCUGGCCUAG